AUGGGGUUCUUCAAACUCGACAAGAUGUCGAAAAAGACGGAAACGGCUGAGACUACAACUGCACCUUCCGUACCAGGAUCUACUCAACCAAUACAUAAUCGUAUAGACUCCAGAGCAACCUCGAAUUCGACCUUCCAAUUUCCUGGUGGUGUGCAAACCCCUUACAGCAUGGCUCAAUUCUCCGCUGCAACCAGCGCCGAUGGCUCACGCUCCGUCAGUCCGGAAACACAAGCAGAUAUGGCUUCGCGAAGGGCAACACUGGGGCUUGUCAAGAAUCAAGUGAUGAUUAACUACCUCUACCAACAGCAGGGCAACAACGGCUGGCGGUCAGAAAAGGCUGGCCCCCAAGAGGGUGUCAUGCUCAGGGCCACACGCGAAGACUUCCUGAGUCACCCCGCCGAAAUGGUCGACACCCCUCUUGCCAGUGCUCUGAAGGCACUCAAUGUUCAGGCAGCCAUGACGAUAUACUCGCCCGUGAUUAAAAGCUACCUUGAAGCAUUUCCUCGAUCGACCGAUAUGCCUCUGCUCAACGGUCUGGCAGUCCAAGUUGUCAAGACCAUCGACGUUCUUGCGACGGCGCGGACUCAUCAAUUCGCUGCCGUUGUUGCCUCGGAGGCCUUGCUCAUCGUUUGGGACGAUGACGCCGUCAACAUGCUCUCGCGCGCUAAAACAAUCGAAUGGGAGCUCAUGCAGCUGCUGUGGAACUCCAAUCCCUUCGAAAGUGUCCGCGCCUCCAAGCUAGGAUCCCGGUUCGGCUCAAAACUCGAUGUUACCCUCAGCGAGAAAGAAGUUUCCUCCAACGUCUCGGACUAUGAUGAGGAAGCGGAAGCCAUCAAAACACGACCUACCAUCUUCAUCAACACAGUCCUGGUCUCGAUAGGCAUUGCUCUAAUCGUCACGUGUUUGGGACUUGGGCUCCGUGAGCUGGUCAUUGAACUACUAUUCGACUUAGGAUCACCCAAAAUGGAGGGCUCGCCAUAUAUCCGCUUUGCUCUCCUCAUCUUGACGCCUCUCUGGUUGUUCUUUGGCAUGUUCUUCUUCAAUGUCGUGGUCACAGUUGUAGCGGAAGUUAUCGGUCCAAUCUCACAGCUGCAAACGAACAGCAAGCACUACAGUGCCAAGACAGUUCCAAGGCUUACCCGCAACCUCCCACACGUUACUAUCCAGUGUCCCGUCUACAAGGAGGAUCUUGCGGAUGUCGUUCAGCCCACUAUUGUGUCAAUCAAGAAAGCGAUCUCGACUUAUGAGCUCCAGGGCGGCAGUGCGAACAUUUUUGUGAAUGAUGACGGUCUCCAACUGCUGUCAGAAGAGGAUAGGCAGGCUCGAAUCGGCUUCUACGCUGACAACAACAUCGGCUGGGUUGCUCGUCCUCCUCACAACAAGGAUGGCUUCGUUCGUCGUGGAAAAUUCAAGAAAGCCUCGAACAUGAACUUUGCCAUGGCCAUCUCCUGCGCGAUGGAAGACAAACUGCUCGAGCUUGACCGCGGCGACCAUUGGACAAGCACCGACGAAGCCGAGGCCACUGCGUGGGCUCUGGAGGAAGUCGUAAAGCAAGGUGGUGAUAUCGCCUGGGCUGAUGGCAAUGUUCGCAUUGGCGAUUACAUUCUUAUCAUUGACUCAGACACACGUGUUCCUGUUGACUGCUUCCUUGACGCUGUCUCCGAGCUGGAGAUGUCGCCCGAGGUGGCCAUUCUACAGUUCAGCUCUGGUGUCAUGAACGUCACUGGCAGCUACUUCGAAAACGGCAUUACCUUCUUUACGAAUCUGGUCUACUCUUCCAUCCGAUACGGUGUCAGCAACGGUGAUGUCGCACCCUUUGUCGGUCACAAUGCGAUUCUCCGAUGGUCGGCUCUACAGGACGUUGCAUUCGAGGAAGACGGCCGUCUCCAGUUCUGGUCUGAGAGCCACGUGUCUGAGGACUUCGACAUCUCGCUUCGCCUGCAAAUCAAGGGUUACAUCACCCGUCUUGCCGCCUGGGCGGGCGACGGCUUCCAGGAGGGCGUCUCGCUUACUGUCUACGAUGAACUCGCUCGCUGGCAAAAGUAUGCAUACGGCUGCAACGAGCUGGUAUUCCACCCAAUUCGCUUCUGGCUUGUUCGAGGACCCUUCACACCUCUCUUCCGCCAAUUCUGUGGCUCCAACAUGGCCAUCGCCUCCAAGAUCAACAUCAUCUCUUAUAUUGGCACGUACUAUGCUAUCGGCGCUGCCUGGAUCCUGACCACUGCCAAUUACUGCAUGAUAGGAUGGUUCAAGGGCUAUCUGGACAAGUAUUACAUCAGCUCAUGGAAGAUUUGGAUCGUCUUGGUUCUCGUCUUCAACAUCCUCGACAACUUUGCACGCGCUGUUCUCCGCUACCGAUCUGGCGAGCGUUCCUUCUUGGGUGCCCUUGGCCAGCAAUUCAAGUGGCUGUUCCUGCUUUACAUUUUCCUGGGCGGUAUCAGCAUCCACGUUUCUGAAGCGCUGCUGGCACACAUGUUCGAGAUCAACAUGACUUGGGGCGCAACUGCCAAGACUCUUGAGUUCACCAACUUCUUCAUCGAAGUGCCUCGUACAUUGCGUCGCUUCUGGUUCAGUUUCAGCUACUGCAUCUUCCUUAUUGCCGCCAUGAUCAUCCUGGCUGAGGCGCCGUUUGUGCCAUACAGUUGGCACAUUAAGAAUAUUGAGGCCAUCGUUCCCCUGUCGAGUCUGGUAGUCGCCCAUGUUCUGCUGCCACUGGCUCUCAACCCAGGCCUCAUGACUUUCGCGUGGUGA